GACUGUUGGCGUCAUCGACUACUACUCGAGCUGGCUGCAGCCGACAAGCGAAGCUGUCAGGUCCUUACCGAGUCGAGUGGCGAUGAUGGGUCUGCGAAAGCUCUAGAAUCAAUCAAACCCUAAUAAACCCCGAAGCAGAGCGAAGGGAAGGUCUUCUAAAUGAGAUGGCUCACGGGUCGGAGACAAGUGAAGAUUUACCUGAGCUGGAAGAUGAAAGAGGGAAUAGAGCACCUGGGAAUUACUGGGAGCUGGGAGGUCGGGAUCGGGGUCGGGGGAUCUCAUCGUCAGGGACGACGUCGUCGUCGUAUCAAGGCGCCCGGGGAAGGGGGGGGGGCGGCUCAGUCGGGACUGGUGUCAGCACCGUUAUCAGCAACGUCAGUGGAAGGAGCAACAGCCACUUAGAUGGGGGAGAGAUGUCUUCUUCCUCCUCUCGUCAACAACAGCUGCACGAGCCUCCAGCGGGCAUGGUCACCAACCUCAGUAUGAAGCUGACACAUGGCGUCGUGGCUUGCAGUCUCGUGGGGCUCGUUUUCAUCGUUGUGAUUGCCAGCUCGUUGCCUGUUUACCUGUUUGUUGUGUGGCAGUUUGCUCCUUCGGUUGUAAAGACCACACAACCCCUGUACUUUGACUAUCGACUCCCGAGCCCGACUGCUACUGUGCCUCUCCUUCCGCCCGAUAAGCUUGCUUCCAGCCAGGCGGCAAAGUCGCCAACGCAUGGUCCAAGGCCAAUUCCUGUGGGUCAAAAAGUGAAUGUAUGGGUCUGCCUCAAGCUACCAGAUUCCUACACAAAUCGUGAACUUGGUGUAUUCCAGGUUACGGUUCAACUGUUGUCCUCACAUGAGGACGUGCUUGCACAAUCGACCCGGCCAUCCAUCAUGCGCUUCAGGUCACUGCCAGUGCGACUUGUGAGAUCAGCUCUGCUUCUCAUGCCUAUUGUCUGUGGGUUCAUUGAUGAUGAUCAGGACAUCAAGCUGCAUGUGAUCAAGGGGUAUGUGGAGCGGGAGGUUCCGGUGGCCAUGAUUCGUGUGAUGUUGGAUGCAAGGGCAGGAAUGUCUCUGAAAGAGGGCUUGCCAGAAGUGUAUGGAGCGGAUCUGAUAGUUGAUACCACUCCUCGCGGAGUUCGUGCCUUUGUCCAUCGAUGGAAGUUAACCAGUUUUGUGUGGGGAGCAUUUGGACUCCUUUUUGUUGAGAUCAUUGUGCUGCUUCGCUGUUGUCGAUGGGCACUUAUUCCAAAGAUUUGGUCAAAACGGGCAGACAAGCAAGAACCUUCACCUCCCACUGCUCAUGCAGUUCCAGUUUCAGAGCAUCGACCAAGGCCAUCAGCAACCCCCAGCACAUACGAGAGGGUAAGCCUGGACGAUAACGAGGAGAUGCGGGCAGAGGACGUGGAAGACGACAACAGCAGUUCUGAGUCGGAGUUUGAGUACGACGAUGAGCUAGCAAAGAUGCUGUUCGAGCAGCGACUCCUUAAUGACAUGGGUAGCAGGGAAGGAAACCUGCCAUGUCAAGAGGCAACAAGGAUGGAUGGCAGAUUGGAGAUCAGGCAAAGCGAGGGACGGGAGGACGAGGGCGCAGGAGGAGGAGAGGGAAGGGAGGACGAGGGUGCAGGAGGAGAGGAGGAGGAGAGAGAGGAGGAGGAGGAGGAGGAGGAAGGUGAUGAAGACGAAGAAGAGGAUGAGGAGGAAGAGGUUGCUCUCAAAGGUGAAAGAUGGGUAAAGAUAAAAGGCGGCUCCUCCUCCUUGAGGAAUGAACAGUCAUCGACUGCUGGUGAGGGCAGGGUCGCCACACAAGAUGGCUUCUCCGAGGCGAGCGAGGAGACCGAACAGGCUGUACAUCAUGAGCAACACGAUCAUCCGACAGAUGACGUGGGUCGUUCAUCACUGGGAAACGCUGUGGACGUUGCCGAAAGAGGAGCGAGUGAUGAUUCUGGUGCAAUCACAAGCAGCAGGAGUGAAGGAAGUAUUUCCUGUGGUGAUCCUUACUCUAUCGGAACACCGUCAAACCGCUCAACGGUGGAGAAGGGGAAGGGGCUGACCUCUGAUAACGAUAAUCCCAGUGAUGCACAUGUGGAAGAGGAGCAACUGUACCAUGGGUAUGAGGACGAGGGUCAUGUACAUCGUGAUGACAGGAAACGAGAACCCAAAGAACCAGGCCAAGCGGAGGAACAGAUGGAUAGAAUGUACACAGAGAGCGAACAACAUGACCAGAGUGCCCUCCUCGAACGUACGAAAGGGGGUCACAGCGAGCAAUUUGUCUCUGCCGCGGCCUCACAGAUAAGUGAAACCAGCUCUGAGGACAUGGAGUCAACAACUAGAGACCCUCCUGACAUGGUGGCUGUGACUGAGGAGGAGGGCGAGAUGGAUGCCCACGGUUAUCCAUUACGUGUACCUCAGCAGGGUCUAAGAAGAAGAAAGCUGUAGUUCCACUACUACUCUGCCAGCCAUCACCCUC